AUAUGUAUGAUUUAUUUUACCGAAGAUUUGUUCUUCAAGUGAAUAUGAGUGAACUAGACUACGAAAAGUAGUUAAGAGAGACGGAACCUAGCUAAGGUGAAGAUAAUAAGGAGCUUUGAAAAAGGAUUCGUUAAUCUGAUGGAAUUCUUGUAGUUCAUGCUUUGUAGAAUUCAAGUGAUAUGACUAAAAGUUGAUACAAGUGACGAAAAUAAGCUCAUUUUUUGUUUGCACAAUCAAUAAGUAGCUUAUCGUCUCACAUAUUUUACCUUUUGUCUGCUGCUUUCUGUCUUAUUUUUCACCAAUAUUGGUUUCAUAAUUUCAGAUCAUUGUAAAUGGUUUCCGAAGAUAGUAACGCUACGUUUGGAUGUCGAUAUCUUACAGAUGCUUGUGAUAUUUAUGAACAUAAUGCCUGGGAUGAUGUUCAGUGGACGGAAGAGCAGGAAAAUUUAGCGAAAGAAAUGAUACUUUUGAAUAGCGCUGAUAAACUUCCAGAUGAUUCUCAAGAAAAAAUUGAGGUCUUCUCACAUGAGUACUGGAACAAGUUUUAUUCUCAUCACGAAGAUAAAUUUUUCAAAGACAGAAACUGGUUAAGAAAAGAGUUUCAUGAAUUAUUUUCUUCAACAUCACCUAGUUUGCACAUAAUGGAAGUCGGUUGUGGUGUGGGAAAUACGAUAUUUCCAAUAUUAAGAGCUAUAAAGAGUCCUGGCCUGUUGAUAUAUGCAUCAGAUUUCUCUGUAAAUGCACUAUCCAUACUCAGAGGUUCCAAAGAGUAUGAUGCCGAUCGUUGUAUUAGUUUCCAGUAUGACAUAACCAAGACUGACGAUGAAAUCCCUUGCCCCAAAAACAGUUUGGAUUUUUUAAUCUUGGUGUUCGUAUUAUCAGCAGUUAAUCCUGAACUGUUUCAUCGCACACUUAAAAAUCUUGUAACUUAUUUGAAACCCGGAGGUGUACUAUUGUUCCGGGAUUAUGGACAGUUUGAUCUAGCUCAGUUGCGAUUUAAAAGUGGUCAAUGUUUAAAAGAUAAUUUUUAUCUGAGAUUAGAUGGUACAAGAGUUUACUUUUUCACACAAGAUGAAUUACACAAAUUGUUUACUGACGUUGGUCUGGAAAAAAUUCAGAACAAAGUUGAUCGUAGACUAAUUGUAAAUCGCAAAAAGAAGUUAAAGAUGUACAGGAUUUGGAUUCAGUAUUUUGUACGUUAA